GGCGCGGCGCGGAGGGCACGGUGCGGCCUGCAGGCCUCCUGGUCCCCUGUCUGGGGCUGCUCCCGAGUAAACCCGAGUUGCUGCUGUUGUCAGAAGGCCGCUGCCGCCUUCUCUGCAGGAAUGAACUGUUGGUGAAAAUGCCGUAUAUUAAGAAGACAUCUGGAAAAAGAGCCCCUGCAAAAAGGAAGCUUGCUGAAGUGUUUGCUCUAGGGGAGGUUCUAACAGAUACAUCGAAAAAAGAAUGGAAAUUGGGUGUUCCUAUAGGGCAAGGAGGCUUUGGACGCCUGUACCUUGCUGAUGGUAAUUCUUCAAAGUCGAUUGGCAGUGAUGCACCUUAUGUUGUAAAAGUGGAACCCAGCCAGAAUGGACCUCUUUUUACUGAGUUAAAGUUCUACAUGAGAGCUGCUAAGCCAAAUGAAAUUCAGAAGUGGACUAAGUCCCAUAAACUGAAAUAUUUAGGUGUACCAAGAUACUGGGGUUCUGGCUUGCAUGAAAGAAGUGGAAACAGCUAUCGGUUUAUGAUAAUGGAUCGAUUUGGCAGAGAUCUUCAGAAGGUGUUUGAAGAGAAUGCAAAGCGAUUUCCCCAUAAAACUGUACUUCAACUAGGCCUGAGAGUACUUGAUAUUCUGGAAUACAUCCAUGAGCAUGAAUACGUGCAUGGAGACAUCAAGGCCUCAAACCUUCUUCUGGGUUACAAGAACCCUAAUCAGGUAUACUUGGUGGAUUAUGGACUUGCCUACCGGUACUGUCCUGAAGGAGUUCACAAAGUAUAUAAGGAAGAUCCUAAAAGGUGUCAUGAUGGAACUAUUGAAUAUACCAGUAUUGAUGCACACAAGGGUGUGGCACCAUCGAGACGUGGUGAUCUGGAGAUAUUAGGUUACUGUAUGAUUCAUUGGCUUAGUGGCCAUCUACCAUGGGAGGAUAAUUUGAAAGAUCCAAAUUUUGUCAGAGACUCAAAAAUCAGAUGUAGAGAUAAUAUUUUGGAUUUGAUGGACAAAUGCUUUCCUGGGAAAAAUAAACCAGAUGAACUUGGCAAAUACAUGGAAAAGGUGAAGCUGCUGAGUUAUGAAGAGAAACCUGUUUAUCAGCAUUUCCGAGAAAUACUUCUGCAGGGUCUUAAGUCCAUUGGGCAAAAAGAUGAUGGAGUACUUGAUUUUGGCUUGUCCGAGAACGGAGACUUGCAAACAAAUCCCAGGCAAAAGAAAAAAAGAAAGGCAGCAGUUGCAACCAAUGAGAGCAGUGAAGCAGAAGUGGAAGAUGAAGGAAGUCCAGCAAAAAAGAAGCCUUCUUCUUCUAAAGCAGUAGCUACCAGAACACGGCAGAUGACCUCACCAAAAGCCAAGAAAGGCACAGCAACCAGGAAGAGAGUUCAGAAGUAAAUAAUAAAUGGAACAAAAAAUUAUGUUGCUCUUCAGCUCAUCUCUUUUUUUUUCAGUUACUGCAGCACUGGAAUCUAUUACUUUCCUUUUUACAGGAUCACUCCUGUAAAAAAGCAAAAAACACCCUUGGACUGCUGUUUGUACCUGUUUUUUAAGAAUAAAUGUUUUAUUAAAAUAUUUGCAUAAUUUAUGUAUACUUUAGUACUGAUGCAGAAUUUUGCCAACUUUGAAGUGAGGAUGCAUUUUUAUUCUUUAAGACAUGAAUUUGUGUAUAUAAAGGCAAACUAAAAGAAAGUUAUUUUUCUGCUUUAUAAUGUAGAAAUAAAGGAUCAAUGUAGUUUUGUUAUGGGUACUUUUUAAGGAACCGUAGUGUAUCUGAUUUCUUUUAAUUUUGAAUAAAUUUAAAAGAGGUCACUUAAACGUAUACUCAGAUGAUUGCAGUUAGGAGUCUGAAAUGAUAGACAUCUUUUAAAUACUUCUCAAGUGUUUUCAACGAAGAGAAUAAAAGAAAAAUAAUCUUUUCAUUCUAGUUUGUUUAAAAAAAAAAAUGUUUAAACAAUUCUUUGUAGGACAGGUACUGAAUUUUUUUGCAUGGUGUUUGUAUCAUUUUCACAUUAUUCCCAUUAUCCAGAGUUUCUCUGGAAAGAAAAAAGAGACCAGAACUUCAGACGUAAGGCCCAGGGCAUUAAAAAGAAAAAGGAAAAUAGGAAAAAACAUGGCCCUCCUCAACCCACUCCUCAGGUUUUUAUUUUAUACCUGUGAAGAGGCAUUAUAAAUGUGAAGAAUAUCUUUGUAAGCUAUCUUGUUCUAGUGAAAGCCUGACUCACUUGUGCUUCUCGUAAGAAAAUAAUGGUUUACCUUUUUUUAAUAGUCAAGAAACUUGUAAGCUUACAAAAACUUCUUAAAAGCACUUCUUCGCUUGGCUUUGGGUCUUCAGUGUUGUAAGUCAAAAAAUGCAGUAUUUAAUUUCAGUGUGAAAUACCAUUACUUUUCAUUUAGAUAUGACAAAUACAUAUAAUUAGGGCAUCAGCAUAACUGACAUCAGGGGGACUGCUUUAUGAAGUUUGACAAACCGCAAGGAAUCCAUAUGAGCCAAUGACUGUGUUUCCGUGUGGAUGUCCAGUGUACCGCUCAGAUGAUUGUAUACUGCUUGGGUAGCUACACACUGAAAAAUGUGCUCUAGCAUCAAAUGCUGAAUGAAUGAUGAGCUUAUGCUUUGAAAACAAAGGUAUGUGUUGUUUUCGAAUAAAACUGGAAAAACAUAUUUAGAAAUUGUAGUGCCUUGGCAUUUUGUUGUGACUGCUCUAUGGACUUGUUUUCCCAGGUAUUAGCAAAGUGUGCCUGAUGGCUUUAAGCACAGCAUUCUAUUACAGAAGUAACAGUAGGACUGCUGAAACCCCUGAUAUGUAAAUCUCAAAUCAAGUUGCUGUUUUAACUCAUUUAAUAAUUUUGUUCAAAAAGUGAUAAACUGUUCUGAAGAACUAAUACCAAGAAAGUAUAUUGUAUUCUCUUGUCUUGCAUACUCAAAGCUACCAUCUUUUUUCUAUACGUUACGUGUUUGACAUUUUAGUAGCUUGUUUACUGGUAAACUUACUCCUUGAAAACUUGGAAAGAAUGUGUUUUCUUUUGAUAUUACCAAAACCAAUUGCAAUAAACAACUUCUUGCGUCCA